AUGGAGCGAGCUAGAUGGUUUUCCAUACUUCUGCUCACAGCAAGCGCCAUUUUGAUUGGAGUCGCCGCCAUUCUCCUUGGCAUUGGGCUCUCGAAAAUAAAUAAAAAAUGUGAUUCAAAACCGAUAAAAUGCCCAGCCUCAGACUGCCCAAUUGGAAUCAGCAAUCAUACAAAGUUGCUCUACUUUUCGCUGGAUCCGGGACUUCCCUGGAAUGACCAAUAUUAUCUCAACUCAACCGAUGAUUACAAAGAAGCUAUAGAAAAGUUUAAACAAAAUGUGACGGAAAUUCUGACCUCACCAGCGACUCAAAAUUCGUUUAUGAGCUUUAAAAUUGAGCCGACUGUACCGCUGCCGCUUGCUGUUUGGCCGGAUUAUCUUGCACAAUCAUUCAACACAACCACGAUUUUUUAUGGAACUUUUUUAUUCGCUGAUCCAGUCGAUCAAAGAACUUUAAAUUCCAUAUUCAAAGCAAUGAAUUGGACAUCGAAAAUGGCUGAAAGUACAGAUGCUAUUGCUCAAAUCAUUGCUGAACAACCACCUCCAAAUCCCACACCAAUUAAAGGUUUUCCUUGUGAUCCACGAAUUCCUGGGCGAACUGUCAUUGUAAUGGUGGACAUUGCAAAACCAAUCGAUCCCACAAUUUCGCCUCAAAUUAAGCUCCAAGCCAUCAAGAAUUAUGUGUCGUUGAUAACGCUGCCCGAAGAGACUGUUUGGAAUACGUUUGAAAUGGGAUUAGGAGUGUUUCAUGGAAGCAAUGCAUACAUUUUGAAUAAUUGGUUGUGCAAAAAUCAAACUUGUUGGAAUGAUGCGGUGGAUGCUUUGUUUAUCAAUGAAACCUCACAAAGUCACAACACGACAAGAGCUCUUGAAUUCAUUCGCGACGAGUUCACUUCCCUUUCUUCUCAACUAUCUCCAGGAAAAGCCCGAUCACUGACGAUUAUAGCUGAUGGAUUUGAAUAUGAUGGUGGUUUUGGUGAAAGCUGGAGUCGUCAGCUUGCCGCUGUUGUCGCAAAGACUUUCUAUUUCACGACAAUUGUCUCAAGCUAUCCAGAAGUCCUGACUCUGCAAGUGAAUUGGAUUUGUCAAGCUCAACCCGUAACCACUGCCGCUCCCACGCAAACCAUCCCAACCGCUCGUCCCGUCAUCAUCACAACAGUACCCACCGAUCCCACAAAGCCACCAAUAAUCAGAAACUCAGCAACUCCACCUCCAUUCAAACCCACUCAAGCCAUCUUACACCAAAAGGAUCCUUUGCCACCACAAACUUGGCCUGAUAUUUGUAUUGUUUUAGAUACCUCUGCAGACUUUUCUGCAACUGGAUCUGCGCUGAAUGAUGAGGGAUUUGAAGUGGUUCGACUAUUCCUCAUCAACACGCUUAUCAAAUACAGAAUUGGUCCGGAGCUGGGUUUAACCCAAAUUGCGCUUGUCACCUUUGAUCAGGAUGUCAAGUCAUUCACUAUUGGAAAGGAAAACUCUCAUUUCGCAAUUGUGGCCUUUGACUCAAAAGGGAUAAAUUCUUCUCGUUUGAUGAAUGAGCCUCAAAGCGCAGAGAACAUUUUGGACUUCAUUCGAACGAUCAAGUCCAAUUCUGGCGAUAAAAGUGUUAAUGCACAAUUCGACGCUGCUAUUGACUUCAUCUUGUCGACUGUGAGUGAGAAUGGAAAACGAAAUUCAACGUCCAGUUUUGUGAUUUUCUUCACGAAAAAUCAGGACAAAUCACUUACACUUAAAUUGAAUGAUCCAUUUGAAAACCAAUUCGUCCCUUCGAUGUUCUUCUUGAAUGGCUCAUUUAUUCCUCCAUUUGCUUACCAACUUAUGGGCAAUAAACCAUACGCUUAUCUCGUUAAUAACCUUCAAGAUUGGUCAAUCAAUACAACUGGCCAAAGAUCACCGAUCCAGCGGUUUUUCAAUGAUCUAGAAGCCGAAAAUCUUAUUGUUGUCCAAAGCCAACCGAUUCAAACUGUUGAUGUUUCAGCUGAUAUUGUGAUCGUCUUGGAUCUGGCAAAUCUUGGCAAUGACUUUAAGCUGGUAAUCGAUUACUUCACCAACUUUGCCGAAAAGUUUACAAUCGGCCUUUUCAAAGCUCAAAUUGCUGGAGUUUACUAUUCCAACAAGCAAGAGGGAGAAUUUUACCUCUCCCAAUGCUCAAAUGCUUCAUGUCUUAGCGAUCAAUUCAAGUCUUGGCACAACUCAAACGCUAAUGAUCCUAGUCUUUUAGUGGAUAUCCUUGAUCAUAUCAACAAAAACCAGUUGAUCUCCAAACAAGGAUGGCGUCAAUCGCAAACCUUUGUCCUAGUUUUUAGCGCUGAAACCAGAGCCACAUGGGAUGAAAAUCGAAUGAUAAUAGCCGCACGGGAAUUGCAUGACAAAAAUGCUUAUCUAUUAUACAUUGAUAUGAGCAAUGAGAAAGUCAAAAGAGAACAACUCACCUCGUUUGAUGACUAUCUACCAAUUGGUUCUCCAAAAAGUCUAAUCAAUGGUUCAGAAGCUGAUCAAAAAAUCGUGCAACAAGUUACAUCAAGUUAUCAAAAAUAUCGCUUUCCAUUGCCAAAGAAUCUUACGGAAGUUGUCGCUGAUUUUGUUUUUGUUGUCGAUGUCUCAACAGGCAAGAUUCUGACCCAGGUAAAAGAUCUUGUUGGUGAUCUAGUCGACAAAAUGACGAUCAAUGAGACGGGUGUGCAGGUGGCAUUCAUUGCAUAUUCGAACGAAGGUCAAAUAAACGGAUCAACAUUUGAUCUUAAUAAGUAUCCCGAUUUUGAAAGCUUAUCAAAGGCUAUUCAAGAAAUACCGGACUUUCCGAUUGAAUCAGAAACAAAUCUUGGAUCAGCGCUAGAAUAUUUGAAUCAAGAAGUGCUAAAGGAGUCCAACGGUUUGCGUGAGACUCUAACGUUUGUCACGUUCUUCAGUGCAAAUCCUAACUUCACAUCUCCUUUACAAGACUAUCAGGAGGCGUAUUCGGCUCUGCAAAAGAAUACAUUACUUAAUCUUUACGCAUUCAAUCUAGCUGAGAGUGAUCAAGCAGAUCGAUUGGAAAAUGCACUGAAAUUAGUAGUACCAUUAUCAACGCAAGUCGUCCAGACUACGAGCGUGCUUCCUGAAGCCAGUGCGAUCAAUGGAAAUGAUGGAUACUUCAAAUAUAUUAUAAAAACAUACACGAACUUCAUCAACCAAGUGGUCAUCACAACUACAACCGUUGCCUCUACUACCACUCCCGAACAGACUACAACUCCGGCUCAAACAACACAUGGAAAGAAAUUUCAAGCAAUGCCAUCCCAACAAAGUCUCCGGAGAUCAAUUAUACCAGUCAUUGUUUUUUUGAUUGUGGGUGUGCUUUUUAUCGCAGCCGGUGCGGCAAUGCUCGGAGUUGGCAUUCAUAAAAUUCAUCAAAGUAAGAAAACUGCAGAAUCUUGUACUUGUCCCAGUGCGUCAUCAACGUUUAAGCCAUUGCCAACAACUGAACCUGCAAGGACUUCAACUUUGAAAACAGAAACAGCAUCAAGUCCUACCACUCUCCUAACUUCACCAGCAAAUGUCCCGGAUUGUAAUUUGACGUCAACCACGACAACCACUCCAACCACGCCACCAACCUCAACGACUUCAUACGAUCUUAGCAGCAAGGCGUUUGAAUUAAUCUUUAUCGUUGACAUCUCAGCAACAGCAAAGAGAUAUUUUGAUGACUACAUUUCAUUCAUCAAGAAUUUUCUCAACAUUUUCACCGUUUCCUCACUUUCAAACAGCAAUUUCGCUCAUGUUGGCAUUUACGGGGUUUCGCCGGAUCCAAACUAUGAACCCACGUAUUGCUCACUGGGACAACUUGGAAUGGAUGAUCUAUCUGGCUGCCUGAUCGUGAUUCAAAACUCAAUCACCAACAAGAUUGGGCAAUAUCUGAGAAAAUCUUUAGAUCUAGUCCAACAAAGUAUCGAUGAUGGAACGUAUCGCUCUCGAAUCGAUAACCAUUGGAUCAUCUAUCUAACCUCAGCCACAAGCAUCACACAAUCAGCGGACGCAGUUGCGAAAGCGAAAUUUUUCAAAGAUGGCAAAUAUUUCUCUUUUGCUGGGAUUUCUUACAAUGGAAUGCCUAGGGAAAACAUUUCGAUUGUCACUGGUGGCUACACUUGUACCUACGUAACGAACAGCUUCAGCAGUCUGACAACAACCGUGACUAAAGAUCUGCAACAACAAAUUUUUGACAAUCAGAAUGAUUUGUGCAUGAGUUCU